GCCAAUGUUAGGACGAAAAGUUUGCUUUUGCUAUUGUCAAAACCGAUGUGUUAACCUCUAAACGAAAACAACACAAAUGUAAGUCGCGUUCAGUGCGUAGUGGUUUUCAUAUCAGUAAGAAUGGGACCACCGAAAAGAUACAGCUCUUCCAAAGAAGGUAAAUCGUCUAAGAAACGUAGGAAAGAGGAGGAAGAAGUGUGGAAUUAUGAAGAGGAUGAUACGAAUGAUUCACCUGAGGGAGGAUCUAGUGUGCCCGGAGCUGCAGCAAGAAAUGCAGAGAACAAUGAUCAAGGAGUGCAGGAGGACGAAUUUGGAGCAAAGGACUACAGGUCUCAGAUGCUGUUGAAGCCUGAUAAUCACUCGAGACCUUUAUGGGUUGCCCCCAAUGGGCAUAUAUUCUUAGAAUCCUUCAGUCCUGUAUAUAAACAUGCCCACGAUUUCCUCAUCGCCAUAUCGGAACCAGUGUGUCGACCAGAGUUCAUACACGAAUACAAACUAACAGCAUACUCCUUGUAUGCCGCUGUCAGUGUAGGUUUGCAGACGCAUGACAUAGUGGAGUAUUUGAAGAGAUUGAGUAAAACCAGUGUGCCUGAUGGUAUAGUCCAAUUCAUAGAGUUAUGUACUUUAUCCUACGGUAAAGUGAAAUUAGUCUUGAAGCACAACAAGUAUUUUGUGGAGAGUCCACAUCCUGAUAUAUUGCAGAAACUGUUGAAGGAUCCGGUUAUACAGGAGUGCAGAUUGAGGAGGAAUGCCGAGACUGAAGUGGAAGAUUUGAUAACUCAAGUCCAAGAUAAAGCUGGAGUUCCAGCGUUCGGGGCUAAACCGGGGGCGUCUACAGAAGCGCCAGCCGAGCAAACGACAGUUCCCGAUGAUAUCACAAAUUUUUACGAGAAAAUGGAUAACGAAGAGGAGGAUGAGGAUGCCGUUGCCUUGAAAACCGUCUCGUUCGAGGUGAAUCAGGAGAAAAUUGAAGUAAUCCAAAAGAGAUGCAUCGAAUUGGAGCAUCCGUUAUUGGCAGAGUACGAUUUCAGGAAUGACAGUGUUAAUCCGGAUAUCAAUAUCGAUUUGAAACCGUCGGCCGUAUUGAGACCUUACCAGGAGAAGAGUCUUAGGAAGAUGUUUGGUAAUGGGAGAGCUAGAUCUGGAGUUAUCGUCUUGCCUUGCGGAGCGGGUAAAUCGCUGGUGGGAGUCACAGCUUGCUGCACUGUUCGAAAAAGAGCGUUGGUGCUGUGCAAUUCCGGUGUUUCCGUGGAGCAAUGGAAGCAGCAGUUCAAAAUGUGGUCCACCGCCGACGACAGCAUGAUCUGCAGAUUCACCUCCGAAGCUAAAGAUAAACCGAUGGGUUGCGGUAUUUUGGUCACAACAUACUCUAUGAUCACGCACACGCAGAGACGUUCUUGGGAGGCUGAACAGACCAUGAAGUGGCUGCAGGAGCAGGAAUGGGGAAUCAUGGUUCUGGAUGAGGUACACACGAUCCCUGCGAAGAUGUUCAGGAGAGUUUUAACCAUAGUCCAAUCCCAUUGCAAACUGGGUUUAACGGCGACGCUGUUGCGUGAGGACGACAAGAUCGCCGAUUUGAAUUUCUUGAUUGGUCCUAAACUGUACGAAGCGAAUUGGUUGGAGCUGCAGAAGAGAGGGUUCAUCGCUCGAGUGCAGUGCGCCGAGGUCUGGUGCCCGAUGACACCGGAAUUCUACAGGGAGUAUUUGGUCUGCAAAACCAGCAAAAGGUUGCUUCUCUAUGUGAUGAAUCCGCACAAGUUCAGAGCGACGCAGUACUUGAUUAAAUACCAUGAGAGGAGAGGCGACAAGACCAUCGUCUUCUCCGACAACGUAUUCGCGCUGAAGCAUUACGCGAUCAAAAUGAACAAACCGUACAUUUACGGUCCUACAUCGCAAGGCGAAAGGAUUCAGAUUCUGCAGAAUUUCAAAUUCAACCCGAAAGUGAACACGAUUUUCGUGAGUAAAGUUGCAGACACUUCGUUCGAUUUGCCGGAAGCGAACGUGCUCAUCCAGAUCUCUUCGCACGGUGGUUCCCGAAGGCAGGAAGCGCAGAGGUUGGGUCGUAUUUUGAGAGCCAAAAAGGGGGCGAUAGCCGAAGAGUACAACGCGUUCUUCUACACUCUGGUCUCGCAAGACACCAUGGAGAUGAACUACUCGAGGAAGAGGCAACGGUUCUUGGUGAACCAGGGAUACAGUUACAAAGUGAUCACGAAGCUGGCCGGUAUGGAGGAUGAGCCUGAGAUGUUCUAUAAGACGCGCGACGAGCAGGGACAACUCUUGCAACAGGUUUUGGCUGCUAGUGAAGUCGAUUGCGAGGAUGAGAGGAUUCCGGGCGAGGGUGGCCCUAGAGGUCCGGGAGGUCGCAGGGUCGGACACAUGGGUUCCAUGUCCGGCGCCGACGAUGGCGUCUACUACGAAUACAAGAAGUCUUCCGGCAACAAACAUCCGCUAUUCAAGAAGUUCCGAUAUUAAAAAACUUGUUGAUAAUUUAAUCAAAAUAAACCUGUUUGUUUAAA